AUGGCUCCAGAAUCAAGAUCUAUUGCUUGUACUUUUUGCAGGAAAAGAAAACGGAAAUGUGAUGGGGAUUCACCAUGUGGAAUAUGUCGUAAAUAUAAUAAAAAUGGAGAUUGUGAAUAUCCAACUGAUAAAGAUAGAAGAAAAUGGAAAUAUGAUUCAACUUAUGUUGAUUAUUUGGAAUUGAAAUGUGAUUUGAUGCAACAAUUUGCUAAUGAAUUAAUUAGAAGUGAUCCAGAAAAAGCUCAAUUAAUUAAUACUGAUUUUUUAGAAAAAUUAAAUUCAAUACCUAGAAAGCCCAAUACAAAUUCAAGUAAUAAUAAUUCAAGUGCUGAAUUAUUGUUAAGAGAUCUUGCUGAUGAAAAUGCUAUUGAUGAAUUAGUUUCUACAACUUGGAAAGUUAGACAAGAUGAAAAUGGUUAUACUGAAUUUUAUGGACCAAUAAGUGGUAGACAACAAGUUAUUGAAAAUGAAGAUUAUGAGUUUAAAAAUUUAAGACCAAAUACAAAUCUUGAUUUUGUUCAAAUAAGUUUAGAAUUUAAAACAAAAUUAAUUGAAAUUUUUAAAAAAAGUUUUGCACAAUUUUUUUAUACUUCAUGGUUAAAUUUAGAUGAAGUUAUUGAAUGGGAAUAUCCUUCAAAUGAUGUAUCAAAACAAUUUUUACAAUGUGCAAUUUUUACAUAUAGUUCAUUAUUUACAUCACAUAAAGAUCUUUCAUUUAUUUUUUUACAAGAAGCUGAAAUGCUUUGUUUAAAAGCUACAAGAAAUAUUAACGAUUAUGUUUUACAAGGUUUAUUAAUUUUAUCAUGUUUUGAAUUAGGUAUGUCAUUAGAUUCAAAUUCUUGGGUAUUAAAUGCAAUGAGUUCUUCAUUUACACAAUUCUUAAGACUUCAUUUAAAAGAUCCAUCUGCAACAACUCCCGAAGAAUCACAAGCUUUAGUAUCAUUAUCACCAGUUAAAUGUGCACUUUUUUGGUCAGUUAUAUUACAAGAUCGUAUUAUAACAAGUGUAUUAGGUCGUGGUGUUCGUAUACAAUAUUUUAGAAUCAAAACACCAUUUUAUACCCCCAAGACAAUGGAUAAAUCAAGUCCAAGUUAUAUUGCGGAAUUAAGUUUUACUUAUCAUACACAAUUAUGGUAUAUUCAUGAUCGAUCAAUUGGACAAAUUUAUUCAUUUAAAGCUGAAUUUUUACAUAAUUCUCAUAAAUCAGUUUUAAUGAACCAAGGAAUUGAUUCACUUGAAUCAUUGAAAAAAUCAUUUCCAAAAGUUUUAGAAAUGAAUGAAGAUACAAUGGAUUCAAGAAUUUUAAUUUUACAUUUAUCAUAUUCAAUUAGUUAUUUAUUAUUACAUCGUGCAUAUUUAAAUCAAAUUCCAUUAAAAGUUAUAACAAUAACUUUAGAACAUUGUGAAAUUGCAUCAUCAAUAAUUAAAAGAUUAACUUUAUUAGAAUCAAAUGAAUAUAAUUAUCCAUAUUUUUUAUCAUAUUUAAUUUUAACAUGUGCAACAUUUGAUUUAUUUUUAUUAUCAAAUAAAGAUUUAUCAUUAAAAUCAAAAUCAUUAUCAAGAAUAUCAAUUUAUAUUGAUUCAUUAUUAAAAUUUGGUAAGAUUUGGAGACGUGGAUUUAAAGAUAUUCAAGUUUUGUAUGAAUUGUCUAAAAGAUGGAAUUUAAAUAUACCACAAUUAAAUGAUGCUUUAAUUAUUGUGGAAAAUUCUUAUAAUAAUCAUAUUGAUCAAUCAUUUGAUUAUGGUUAUGUUAAUGAAGAUUCUACUAUUCAUGCUGAUAAUUUUUAUAAUCAAUUUAAAGCAGAUAUGUGA